AUGGACCUUGUGGCGCAUGACUUCCCUGAUCACUGGUCAUCUCUUUUGGAUGACGUGAAAAGGAUAUUGGGAAGUGGAGAUGUGAGAGAAGUCAAGGUCGUGCAAGAUCUUCUCAAGCUCUCUGGUGAGACGGACCUCGAUGUCCUCAAUCACAGCAUGGAAGCUAUGGUGCAUGAGGCGAUUAUACCCAUCGUCCGGUUCACUCUUGAGAAUAAGUUGAUCGAUUCUUUUAAUAAUAUGUAUGACCUCGUAGACGCCCUUACCUUCCGUCUCCACGCAAGCGAUGCUGUUGGUUUCCUCGAUGGUGAGGCCCACUACUUCCUGCGCUUAUCUGGAUUGCGUUGCUCAUGGAGGUGGCAAUUUGCAGAAAUGCUCCCCUCGCUGGACAACUUCGUAUCGUCGAAGGCGUUGGACAUGUACCGCACGGCUAUGAUUGGGCCGCUCGCUAUGAUGUUGCUGUCUAUUCGUCACCCUCCUCAACUCCUUAGCGCGAGUAUGACAAUGGUGGGAAUCGCUGACAUAUACUUACUCGUUGGCGUUAGACGCGCGAACCUCGACUUCCCUCAUUCGCGUUUACUUUGCAGCAUCCUGCGUCCGACCCCUGCCCGCACUCCCGGAGAGCCAUCAACCGGUAAUAAUACUCUUAUACUCGCAUUGCAAGCUUUAGAGGCUGCCAACUAUGCGCACGCUGCCUCGUUCGUGAACAAGGCAAUGGAGCAGGAUAUUUCAUGGGAGACAGCCAAAGCCAAACUCUCAACCUUUGCGGCACCUGCGAGUUCCUUAUGGGUGACGUAUCUGGCGCUAAGGAUGACCUGUAUAAAUCCGUCAAAUCUUUCCCUCCUUGACCCAAAGCUGGGUGAAGAUCACGAGCGCCCACAUGGAGCAAGGCGGGGUGUGAAGGCCUUUGAGUGCUUUGAGGAAGCAAUCAAGCGCAACCCUCAGGACCCCGACAUCUAUUACCUUCGUGGACAAGUGAGCAAUGCGUUUCCUGCAUGGCCAACUGCCACUCAUGAAUUCGCAGUUCUCUUCAUCACCAGUGAAUCCAAGGAGGCCGCGGACAACUACGCCAAGUCCAGCGAGCUUGAUGACGCAUUUGUAUUCUCACAUAUCCAACUUGCCGUCGCCCUGUACAAGAUGGGUGAACUCGCGCGGAGCAUGGUGACUGUCCGACGGACGAUGACCAAUUUCCCUCAACAGAACGAGCCUUAG